AUGAGCCUGGGUAUCAUGGAGGAGGAAGAUUUGGCUGAGUACUUCCGGCUGCAGUAUGGGGAGCGGCUGCUACAACUGCUGCAGAAAUUCCCCAACAUUGAGGAGCAGCCAGAGUCCCCAUCCAUCCGGCUACUGGAGAAGAGAAAGGAGGUCAAGGUCAUGCACCACGCUAUGCUGCAGAAGAAGGAGACAUUUCAGCGCAGAAUGGAAACCCUGAACCUGCGCUGGGAGGAACUGGGCAUCAAGGAGGCCCAGCUGAAGGCCCACAUUCAGAAGUUUGAGCAAUUCAUCCAGGAGAACGACCAGAAACGAAUCCGAGCCCUGAAGAAAGCCAACAAGGAGCGAGAACUCAAGAGGCAGCGCAUGCAGGAGCUGGCCAAGGCCAAGCAGGAGAUGGCGGCCCUGAAGCUGGAGCACCAGCGGCUGAGCAGCAAGCUGCAGGACUACUCCAUCUUCAACAAGUACCUGGAGAAGGUGGUGGAGAACUCCGAG